AAUUCUUUUCAUCUAUCAAUGUGAAAACAAAAGAAAAAAAUACCAGAUGUGACUUCAAAAACAUCAUAAAACAAAACAGAAUAGGAUCAAUCGAACUAAACAUAUAUUUUAUCUUCAACAACAACAUAAAAAUCUUGAGGUUCAUUGCCACUCCGUGUAUUUCACGAAACAAUGCGAGACCGUACGUCACACUCGAAAAUAUUUAACCUCCAUUACUGACAUACACUAUAAAAGUAUUUUACACAUACAAAUAAGUAAAAACUACACUCGAUCCAAAUAAGUGAUAUAUGUAUAGCAAACGAUCUUAUAAAUCGCCUAGUGUACUGUUGGGUGCGCAGGAGUUGAUCAAAAUACGUGUCUAUUACAGUCGCGCGCGCGGCCCUAACGAAAACAGACGUGCCCAUUCAUAUUAUUGUUAAAUUCUAAAUUUAUCCGUUGCAAUACAUCGCAGUUACAUGUAUAGAAAAUUAAUUUUGCGCUUUGUGACGUACGACCAAAGAAAUCACGUGAAAAUGUCCUUCAAAAAAUAAUAUAUUACAGUGUUUCAGUGUUGUGUGGUAGAAUAUUUGUUUACACACAGAGUGUUUGAUAAAAUAGUUCAUUUAAUCUAAAUAUAAUUGGAUCAGACAUUGACGGUGUCGAUAGAGUGAAACAAGACUGUGUUGGAAAUAAUUUUAAAAGUAUGGCUUCAACACCGGACUCUCCGACUCCUACUGACACUCCUGAAGAUACUCCCUCUCCUUCACCAGCUCCCCAACAUGUGAACAAGUUUAACUGGCUUAAAAAGGCUCAUGCUGCAAGGAAUAAUCCUUUCGUGAAGGCAAGGCCGUCUCUCACCAGGGAGAGUUCCACAGCUGAACUGUUUUCCAGAGAGAAUUCCAGUCCAGAUUUGUUCCAGAGCUCCAGAUUAAAUCUGUUUGAUACAGCACCUAAACCUGAAGCCAACUCCAAUGGAUUUAACAAGCAUAGUUGA